GCCAUAAGAUUGUCUCGUAAUGAAGAAUUUACAAUUCAAGAAUUAGAUCUGCUCAUUGUUCAAGCAUCAGCCAGCUUGGGCUUCGGGCUGUUUGCCUCGUCUCUGUACGUCGAGCACGAGAGAUAUCCGUUCUUUCCCCAUCAGACCGCAGACAUUCGUUUGAUACUUUCGCCUGGAAGAGUCUUCAAUACGCGCUACUGUUCAGGUCGAUAUUGCACGCCCUUUGGAAAGAAGAUUGGAGGUGUAUGUUCAUAUCAUGGCAGCGGAUGGCAACUCAACUAUACAGACAUCACAUAUACACCGUCGAAAGUCUAGUCGGGAAGAAGAUGAUAAUAUUCUCAUCUUCCCCACUGAUACCUCCUCACUGCCCACUCUCAUGAAACCGCCUGGAAUUGCUGUUCAGCUUGAGCCAAAUGGUUUGGCAUCAAGUGAGCUACCGAUAGGCUUGGAGGCCAGCCAACCCAUCUCUAUUCCUAACAGAAAUACAGCUCAGGUAAACCAUCUGUCUGCACCAUCAGAACGUACACGCGUAAACUCUAGUCCAUCGACGGCUGCUUUAUUGGAACAGCUUCCACCUUCCCAGUCACAUCCACCUUCUGCAGGCCCAUACAGAACAAGCUUUGCUAUUCCACGUCCGCCUGCACUCAACGGUGUAUCUAACACGCACUUGCAUCCAAUGAACGGACAUCAUCGCCAUCAAGCACCGAGCAUGCGACAGUCUCUCUCACUUCCAUCACAUUCCUCUUCGCAUUCACGAACGCGAUCUGUAUCAGGGCCUUUCUCGCCAAGCACGCCAUCUCCACUUUCUUCUUCUUUCCCGUCUUCGACUUCUUCGCCAUUUCCAUCCAAACCUACAUCGCCGACUUUGUAUCGGUUCCCUGGUCCAUCGUCAUCGGAGUCAGACCUGAAUGGUACUCCUCCAAAUGGUCGUGCAGUCUCGAUCAAGGCUACAAAUGGAAUUACACCUUCAUCGUCUACGGGCUCGUCAGCAGCCGGUCAUAUACGAAGGCAUUCGCGUCUGCACUCGCGGAAUCUCUCUAUCUACUUUCCGAGGCCGGGCUCAUUGCCGUCUACCUCUAUUGCGGAGGACGGUUAUCAGGAGCUUGAUUUCACCCCUUCAUCAUCUCUGCGCUCAGUGAGCAGCAAUUCGGACGAUAGUAGUGUUUUGAUGCCUUCAAUGUCAUCACCUACACCCGGUCAACGUUCAUUCCGAGAAGGGUUCACCUUCGGUGCACGUCCACCUGCAGACAGCAACGGCGAGUUGAAUGGCCAUGCUAUGCCUGAGAUGACGCCGUCAAACAGGGCUUCACGGAGGGGACACCAUCACAAGCAUUCCCUUUCACAUAACUUCUUCUCCUUCCUGGAACCAGGUGACGAGCUUCACACAAACCCUACACCGACACCAGUCAGUCCAUGGAAUCCUGGCUCUUCAUUCCCGUCCAGUCCCAGCGGACCAGCAGCUGAGACAUCUGCUCAUGCUCAUUCCCAUUCCCAAAUGCAUGCGCAUUCGCAUUCGCACUCACAUUCCCAGUCACCCGAACCACAUGCUCCUGAAUCACAUUCAGAUGUCCACCCUCCGCGAUCAAAAUCACCCAUUGGGUCUAUAUGUGCAGAUCCUGCCAUCAGUCCCGUUGCUGUAACUAUGGCUACACUUCAAUUUGCGUUGGGUGCUGCCCUGUGGAUCUCUGGACAACAAACCGGUUCUCUGGCUUGCACAGGCUUGGGCUAUUGGGUUGUAUUUGAUUCUUUUGGUAUCGCCUUGGGAUCGGUUGUACCUAGCUGGCUGGCCAAACCGAGCAUGAAGAAUCCCUCUCGACGGCCGUUUGGGAAUGCUCGAUUGGAGACUCUACUAAUUUAUGCUCAGUCGAUAUACCUCGUUUUCGCUGCUGUCUACGUCUGUAAAGAGACACUAGAACAUUUCCUGCUAGCAAGCGGUGAAGGUCACCACCACCAUCAUGGUGAUGAAGUGACAGACAUCUUCGGGUAUUUGCUAGUUUUCUAUCUCGCGUCUGCCCUGGUUGCUUACAGACAGCUCGAUAGAAUCGACUUCCCGCCCUUCCUUCUUUUAAUGACAAUGGGGUCCCUUCUUGUCAGUGCUGUCGGCUUUGAUAACCAAGCCAAACUUGUUAGCAUCGCCAACAACUUCAUUCCACCGGUUCAAGUCCUUCUACCCGCUCGCUAUCGUUAUCGAUCACCUUCCUACCCAUCGUACCUGGCGAACCUUCUAUCUAAUCCAUAUACUCUUUCACCCUUAUUCUUCUGUGGGUCCAUCUUCGGCGCGUACCUAUUUAUUCCGCCAUUCCAACAUCGAGAUUUCGAUCUGUUCCUAGCUGCGGUAGAGACCAUUGUGACAUUUUACCUGGCGUACCCUGCAGCGGUCGCGCUAGGCUCUGUCCUUCUUCAAACUGCGCCUUCCCGGGGAUUACCAGGUGCUCGUAUGGAAGCGUUCCUUCGAGCCAUGCGGGAGAUCGAGCGUCACCCAAAAGUUCUUCACGUCCCACCUCCGCAUAUCUGGCAAUUAACACCCCCUCUCCAACGGCCAUCUGGUUAUGGGGCACGUCAUCCUAAAGCAUUGGGGCCCGCUCAGCGCAUUGUCGUCACUAUGGAGCUGCAUACGUCGAGUAGUAUCACAGACCAAGAACUUUUGGAAUUAACACAAUGGGCACAGGGCCGAUGUAUGAACGCGUUACGCUUUGGUAUGGGAGAAGGAGACGGAGGAGAAUGUGAGGCAGAAGUUGGAGUGGGUAUCAUUCGAGAAGAUCCAACGAAGAUAAAAGAAUAGGUGGACUAGGUAUUAUGAUGGGUAACGUAUCCGUCGCGCUAUGUUUCGUCGCUCAUUGCUUUGGGUUGCAUGCAGGUCGGGUGUAUUUAUUACCUUGCAUAUAGCGGUUCUUCUGUGGAGUAUACCCUCUUAAUCACCUCUAAUACGCUUAAAAUGUGGACAUGGAGUAGGAACAUAUCGGAAUAAAAUGCAAUAUGACAUGGCACAGACAAGAGAUGUAGAAGAGAGUAUUACUUCUUACCAGAAGGUUUGCCUUUUCCUCUACCCUUGCCAAAUGACUUGCCCUCGAAACCAGGGCGCGCCUUUUCUUUGGUUUUGACACCUUUCCGCUUAUCGUUUCUCCUCUCGGUCCUUGUUACAAUAUUGUCUUGACGUUUCUUCUGUUUGGCUGCCAUCGAAGUCGCGACGUGCUCCUUCCUCUCCUCCCUGCAUGUAUAUUGUUAUGAAUGAAACAGAUCAAAUUGGUCGAAGC